GGGAUGGUUUAUGAGGAGCAGUGAGGAAGAGAGAGUGUUUGCUGUGGAGGACGAGGCGGGCGGCGGUAGUCAGUGGGCAGCCGGGAGUGUUGGCUGCAAGGUGCUGAUGGUGAAUAAACACUUCUUCCACUUGGUCAUGUAAUCAGCGCGAGAGGAGGCCCAGAGUGUGUGCCUUGAGUGGGCGGGGCGCGGGCAGGGCGGCGAUGGUGGUGGUGGUGUGACUCUGGGCAGGGAACAGUUUGGCAGGAGCGGCAGGAACGGCCUCGCAGCCUCACCAUGCAAGAAAUGCGGGACACAUGUCAGCCGCCCCGCAGCCUCGUCGCGGCGACGUGCUCGUGAGGUAUCGCUGAAUUGGCCUCAGUAAAAGUUUUGGACGUAAAGAGGGUUUAUUAUCAUUGAUCAGUAUAAAAAUGUCCUUCCUAACUUUGUCGCGUCGAGACAAGGCAGGCAGGACCUUCACUUGUAGACAACAUGGGUGCUGGUCAGAGCCACGUCCAUGUAGCGCCAUCUGUACUGGUGGAAUGCAAUACAGGCAGUAAAUAACGCAUUUUAUUCCGCCGUGCCAAGCUGCAGAGCAGCACAGGGUGUAUCGGCAGCCAGACGGCCCCAGUUGGCCACGGUCCGCCAUCGAGUGCACACCUGUAGCCCCGCGCUGCGUCAGUCGCCUGAAGUCCUCCAGUGAGCCAAGUCCUGGGGCCGCGCCGUGCCGCUCCGCCCCUGGCUUGUGUCGGGCCUGCCGGGCUGCACAGUGAUGGCGUGAAGGACACGCGCAAGCUGACCCGUACUCUGGAUUUUUGUCAAUGUUUAAGGAAACUUGGAGCCAGUUGGUGGGAUGUGAUUACGGCCGUGCGCUGACAGGAUGGUGUGCUGGUGGCUGGCUUGGGUGGUGCUGGUAGGCGGCGCGCGGGCGUUCUGUCCCCGCGGGUGUUCCUGUGAUGACAGCGGCCCCAGUCUGCGGUGUGUGGGCGUGGGCAUCAACGUGGUGCCCACCCUGGUGAAUCCCGGCCUGCGCAGCCUCAACCUGGCGCACAACUCCAUCAGUUCCGUGAGCCACACGCUGGUCUACUUCGCGCAGCUGGAGGAGCUGGACUUCUCUCACAACCUGCUGGCCUCGCUGGGCACCAGCAACUUCCACAAGCAGGUGGAGCUGCGGGAGCUUCGCUUGGCGCACAACAACCUGUCCUCGCUGUCGGUGGGGGCGCUGCUGGGCCUCACCUCUCUGUCGCUGCUGGACCUGAGUCACAACGCCAUCUCCGAGCUGCCGCCCGACGUGCUGUUGGACGCGCCGGAUCUCAAGGUGCUGCUGCUGGCACACAACAAGCUGCACACGCUCUUCCAGCACACCUUCCGCGGUCCUCGCAGUCUGCACGUCCUCGACCUGUGUGAUAACUACUUCCGCCACGUCCCCACGGCGGCCGUCGAGGAGCUGACGGCACUGAAGGCGCUGCAGUUGUGUCGGAAUCGCCUGACGCGGCUGGAGUCCAAUGCUCUGUGCUUGCCCUCCCUCCUGUCGCUGUCCUUGGAGACUAACAGCAUUGACUAUGUCGCCGACGCCUCCUUCAGCUGCUUGCAGAGGCUGCUCAAGCUGAACCUCAACGACAACCUGCUGCGUGAGGUGCCCACUGCUGCCUUGGUGUCCCUCGUGCUGCUGGAGUCUCUGCACCUCAGCAGGAACAAGAUAAGGAGUCUGGAGGCCGGGGCGUUCAGGGGCCUCGGCCACCUCACCACGCUGGAGGUGUCCCGGUGUCCGCUGCUGUCGUCGCUGCAGCCCGCGGCGCUCGCUGAGUGCUUCAGUCUGCGGGAACUGACGCUCUCCCACAACCCCUUGGUGAAGCACAUCCCGCCGGGCUUUCUCUCCUCGCUGCCUCGCCUCCGCUCACUCGACCUUCGCGCAAACGGUCUUCGAAGCUUCCCGUCAUCUGAAGUCACAUGGAGGUCACUAGUAAGUCUCGACCUGAGGGACAACCCAAUGGUGUGCAACUGCUCGCUGCAGUGGCUGGCGGAGGUGCUCGGCGCGGCCAACACGUCCCUGCUGGCGCCGGACCUGCAAUGCGCCGCGCCGGACAAGCUCAGAGGAGUCUACCUUUCGAGGCUUACCACGGGGGAGCUGGACUGCGUGGAUCGCCUACAGGUUGUCCUGGGCAUCGUUGCCGUCUGCGUCUCCUUCGUGCUGCUCCUGACUCUCUCCCUUGUCCUGUGCAGGUAUCGUCGGCGGCGGCAGCGGGACAAGCUAAUGGGCCGCGGCUGGCCUCCAGGUCCCCUCGCCCCUUGGCCCCCGGAUGACCACGCCGCCGCCACCAGACACAUCAUGGCGGACGACUACGGCUACCACGCCUACUCAGUCCGCCACGUGCCUGUUACCAAAGUGUGAGUCGCAAUCAGAGGCACACCAAGACAUCUCGAGCCCGCUUCCUUGCCUCUUCGUCUGCUACAAGUGUGAGUCGCAACCAGAGGCACACCAAGACAUCUGAGUCCUCUUCCUCGCCUCCUUGCCUGCUUGAGGGUUUGCGAGAGGUUCAAGCGAGGAUUUGAAAGUUUGGGGUCUGACCGAAAGCUCUUAAGCUCCCUGGUAAGAAUGCGAUCAUGACUGGAAGCCCUCGGUGGUGAUUCCUGCAGGCCGUGAGGAGGCAUGAGUGGCUUAGUGGACGCUCAGAGUCUCGCAAGGCACAGUCAAGCGUGCGUCAGUGCGGGGCGUGAGGGCUUAAGAACAUAAGAUCGUAAAGGAAGCUGCAGGAAGUUUGGUCUAGUACAUGAGGCAGUAAUUGAUCUGUGGAGAAUUGAAGGGUUGCUGUUAAUGCUGAGUUCAUGCUUCAAGUUUCAAUAUUCUCAUACACAUGGCCAUCUUAUCUCGACUGUCUUGAAAAGGCUCUAGUUUAGUGGAAGUUUUCAAGUGUGUUUUCAUGAUUCUAGUGAUAAUUCAAUAGGGAUUCUGCACCUCGACUACUUUUAAUGGAAAUUUUUGUGGAAGUUACUAGAUUUUUUGAGGGUUGCAUGAUUAUAAAUGUAAUUUUGCAACGGUUCUGUGUCGACAUUGAGAAAAAACACUCAAAAGAACAUGACUAAUUACCCUCGUGGCCUUUGCAAUAGUCCUGACGCGAGAACAAAGCGUAUCAGAACACGGGACUACAAACUACAGCCAGUGCACUCUGCGUCGCCGCGUCUGCCCCGCUAACUUUGCACAUAAGUCCGGAAGUCUGCCGUACGGUCCGUAAAAUAAGUCUGAAACCAAUCACCAAACUUUGGACACUGUAAUUAAUGCCUUGGGAUCCUCACUAACGUCGGAAAUCCUUCAUUAAGUGGUGCGCAAUGGCCCCUGAGUUGCUAAGUGUCUCGUGAAGUGGCGGAUAUUGGUCAGCUGAGGCGUCAGUCGCGCGUCACACUUACUGCAAAAACACUUACAUUUUGCAUCGAUGUAUCUAAGUACCCCGUGGAAAAUUGUAUUUGGAAACCUAAUCUUUUCAAGCCUAAUUUAACCUGACCUAAUAUAACACUGCGUCUGUAUUCUGAAACCCUUUGUUCUCUCAUGAAGAUUGUUUUCAAAGGCCAUAUAGAAGAUUAGUCGAGUUCGCAUGGCUGUUUUCUUCAUAAGUCAUGCAGAACCACUGUUAAAUAUCACAAGAAUCAUGAAAAAGACCGUUAAAAACACAAACACCAUCCACUGGAGCCUACUGAAAGCAGUCGAGCUACAGAAUCUUUCUUAAACUACAAUAUCACUACAAGCAUGCAAACACCCUUAGAAUACCAGUAACUUAUAAUGGACCAUGUUGAAAAUAGUCGAGAUUAAAUGCCGAGGUGCUUGAGAAUACAGACCGGGGCUGGACAAUACUAGGAAGCUGAGACAAGCAAGAGCAUCCCGCCGCGCAGAGACUGACUGGUCGAGGCCACUUGAGCUGAAACACGAGUGACGCAAACCUUUCGGAAUGCAGCGGCUUGGAGGCAAACUCGGCUUCACCCUGACUUGAUUCCGGCGGAGUUUUAAACUGUUCUGGAUUCCCUGCGCGACCGGAGAGACAUGCCAGACACGCCACCACACGCUACCACAGACCACCACACGCCACCGUACCGCCACACCGCCAGACUCUCCCCAGAACUUCCCAGGAAAAGAGUUUAUGGUGUUGUAGUCUUCAGAUUGCCAAGUCUUAGUCCAACUUUUGUGGUUCUUGGGACGAAAGGUUUGGGGUGACGCAGGCUGGGUGGGGGGAGGGGCGGGAGAGAGAGAGAAGGAAGGGUGUAGAAAGGCUGGGGGGAGAAGGAAUGGUGUAGGAACGCUGGAAAAAGGAAGGAGGGUAUAGGAAGACUGGGUUGAAGGAAGGAAAGGAGUGAUGCAGCUGGUGAUGCUGAUGGUGAAGGAAGGUUUACGAAGGAUGAGGGAGGGAAGGAGGGUAAUGAAGUAGGUUGGAAGAAAGGAAAGGAGGGAACAGGAGGCUGUAGUAAAGGUGGAGGAAAAACAGAGAGGCUGAUGUAGGUAGAGAGGAAGAAAGACUAGGAAAAUGUAGGAAAAGUAAGAAAAAAAAGAAGGAAGGUUGAUGUAGGUGAAGAGACUGACAACUGGUGUAGGAAAGUACAGGAAAAUAAGGAGAAAUUAAAGAAAUGUUGAUGUAGAGAGAGAAAGAAAAGAUGUAAGAAGUAUAGGAAAAAAAAGAAACGAAGGAAAAGUUUAUAUAGGCGAAGAGAGAGAGAGAGAGAGAAAGAGAGAGGCAAUAUAUGUAGAAAAGUAGAUAAUAAAAAUAAGGAGGAAUGUAAAAAGGUUGACGUCGGUAAAGAGAGAAAAACAGAAGGCACAGAAGAGGUCCUCAGAGUAGCGAGGCGAGCACAGAGGAACGUGUAUGGGAAUGAGGAAGAGAAAUGCGUGUUAGGGUGCUUGGUGUGUCAAUGAGGAGACAUACACUACACAACAACACUGUAACACUCAUAACUCGCUUCACGUAACACUGUAGAGCCAUCCCGUGCAGCUCCCCCGUCAGCACACAGCACUCAGCACCCUUCCGUCACGCCCUCCCUCCCUGUCUUACUCUCACACAAGCGCCCUGGUUAUAAGGAACUCGAGGACCUGCUUAUAACCUCUUCAACGUGCUCUCUUGUCCCUCGUACUGUCAACUUAACUCGCACACACACACACACACACACAGACUCUCUCUCUCUCUCUCUCUCUCUCUUUUCCUUCACAUCAAGUCCAUCCCCUUUCUGCCAAAUAUUGUGCAUCCUCCAUCACGCCCCACCUCUCCUUUCAAACACUCCCCUCUCUUUCCCCCCCAAUAACAGCACUCCUCCCCUUCAACUCUGCCUCCCCUUUCCCUCUUGACCUCCCCUCCCCUCCCCCUACCCAUCACACACACACACACACACACACACACACACACACACACACCUUUUCCCCUCCCAAUAUUAGAACCAAACCCUCCUUCAUCUCCACUACACCUCUGCCCCCCCUCCCUCCCCUCCCAUCUCUCUCUCUCUCUCUCUCUCUGUCUCUCUCUCUCUCUCUCUCUCUCUCUCUCUCUCUCUCUCUCUCGUCUCGUGUCUGCAGUAGUGAGUGAGGUAGAGGAGUCCCGCCCUCCAGCACGUAUCACCUCUCGCACCCCGCCUCCCUAACAGAGCGUCUGUGUAGCGAUGUCUUCGUCAGCACUUGUGGUUCAGCGGGUCGUGGUCGGGGGCGGUUUGAAAGGAAGAUACUGAACGAAAUGAAUGGAUUGUUUUAUAUUUGGUGGUUUAAAAGAAUAAAUCAAGCUGGUAUUUUUUUUUUUUUUUCACGGUUUAAUGGUUGUAGAUAAUACAUCAAGUUAGUAUUCGACGUAAAAAAAAAUAAGAUAAAAUAGAUUUGGAUUUGAACACGCUAAUUUGGGUUCUGGAUGUGAUAUGUGAAGGAAUAGCGGUAAGUUUUUCAAGAUUUCAAGAUUCUAUUCUGGACGGAACCGAGGUCUAUAGAGUCUUUUGAAGAGUAAAAACGUGAACUUGAUAACAUAAACAAUAUUUUUUUUUUUGACUUCGAUAGAAUUUGAGAACCUGAAUGUGACAUAUGAAGAAAAAGUUUUAGAUUUUUUUUUCCCUCAACAUUUCAAAGUCCUAUUCUGAACGCAACGAAGAUCUAUACUCGUUUGAAGAGUAAAAAUAUGAACUUGGUAACAUUAACGAAUCUGAACAUCCCUGAUACGUAAGACUACAAAAGACGGGAAAAUUCUGACUCUUAAAAAAGAACCUUAUGUUAAGAGCGAGAAAAAGCGGAGGGUAAUACACGCAGGAAAGUCUCACCAUAUUUCGCAGUGAACACGGAAGGCCGCUCUGUCUGGAUGUGAAGAGUGGCAGGCUGGCUUGGCUGUGGUGUGGUGUGUUGUGGUGUGUUGCGGCGUGCGGUGGCAGUCUGUAUAUUUCACCACCUGUCUGGAUAAAGGAAGAAAAAGGUGAAAUAGAAACGCAGAAGUAAAGAAUAAGAAAAGUAAUGCAGUAUAAUAAGAUGGAUGUGGUGUGUUGUGGUGUGGCGGGCGGUGGUAGCCUGUACAAUCCACCGUCUGCCUGAGUAAAGGAAGAAAAAUGAAGAGGAAGCGAAAAACGAGUAAAAAAUGGAAAGAAACAGAAAAGAAAAGAUGAAAAAAGAAGAGAAAAACAAUGAAAACAGGUAGAAAACAGAAAGAAAAAGAAAAGAAAAGAAAAUGAGGAGGAAAAACAAUGAAAACAGUUAAGAAAUGAAUGAUAAGCACUUGAUAUUCUCGUUUCCAGAUUCCAAUAUGUACUUUGAACGUGGAUGAGUCUUAUAUGAGUCUUAUAUAUAUAUAUACUCUACACUACACAACUCUACAUAGGUUGUGCCAUUAAUACAUUUUUUUUUUUGUUAUAUGAAAUCUCCCUUGAUAUACAUAGCUGUAAAUAUACAUACAUGCAUAUACAUAUAUCUCUAUUUUACAAGAAGCAAUAAAAAUCCCCGAGUAUUGAAGAUUUUAGUGUAAAGAUGCUUCCCCUGCCCGCUCCCCUUCCCUUCCCUUCCCUUUCAUCCCUUCCAAUCCUUCCCUUCCCUCCCAUCUCCCUCCCUUCCCUACCUUCUUCUGCCCUCCCUUCUAAUGUCCUCUUUUUUUUUCCUUCUUUUCCAAUUCCUUUCCAUUUCCUCCCUUUUCCUUUCCUUUCAUUUCCUCCACUUUCUUUCCUUUUCCUUCUCUUUUCUCCCUUUCCAUCUCCUUCCCUUCCCUUCCCUUCCUUCCUUCCUUUUCCCCUCCCUUUCCAUCUCCUUCCCUCCCCUCCCUUCCCUCCCUUUCCCCUUCCUUUCCAUCUCCUCCCCUUCCUCCCUUUCCAUCUUCUAACCUUUUCUUCCUUUCUGUCUCCUCCGCUUCCCCUCUCCUUCUCUUCCCUAGUUCGCUUCCUCCUCCUUCUUUGUUUCAUAAUUUGUUUCCUAAUCGCCUUUGUUCGCAAGUUCCCCAAAACAUAAGUAAUUUUUGGGUGUAAUUUCAUAACAAUACAAACACGAAGCGAAGUUUAUUACUAGUUCAUUAAGCAAAGGUGAAAUCAAUUGUCUUUAGCAUCAUUUGUCCCUAGAUCUUUGUGUGUGUGUGUGUGUGUGUGUGUGUGUGUGUGUGUGUGUGUGUCAGGGCAGGGGGAACGAUUAUGUACGUAUCUUUACACGCCAUAUAAUAUUACUACUGUCAACAUAUACAUGCAUACCUACAUACAUACAUACGUAAUACUCCAUACAUACAUACAUACAUGCAUCUCAUAGAGUUAAGAGCACUACUACAUAUUUCCUGUCUGUAGUUUUUUCUGUGUUGACCAACGAGUGAUGUCUGUCCCUGUCUGUCUGUCUUUCUGUCUGUCUGUCCGUCUGUCAGUCAGUCUGUUGUUGUAUAGGCGGAGGUUGGCAGUGAAGCUUAGAUUGGAAACAUGCCCACUAACGGUUAGCUUCCAGACUCCAGUGUACAUUUCCUGGAUGUUAGGUAAGGGACGUUCCAGCUUGUUAUUCUUGUUCUCGGAGGAUUUUGUAUUUUUGUAUAAACUCAAUAAAACUGCCUAAAC